AUGCAGUCGUCUCCGCCGAGGAUCUACCAACUUGCCGCAUCAUCAGGUCUGUCUGUCUGGGUGGUCACACCAAAGAGGUGGUCCUCCUCUCAAGACCGUGGUGAUUCUAAGAGCCAGGUUGCAGAAGGAGAAUCCAAAACCGCCACGCAACGCAUCUUGUCAAAGCUACCCGCUGUCAAAAGCCAUGAGAACAUCUAUACUAUUCCUAAUAUCUUGACUUUCUCUCGGUUGAUCGCAGCACCGGUGGUUGGAUACUUACUUGUGCAUGACUACCAUGCAGCAGCUCUUUCCCUCUUCGCUUAUGCCGGCAUUACUGACCUUGUUGACGGGUGGAUUGCGCGCAAGUAUCACCUGCAGACGGUCGUAGGGACUAUCAUCGAUCCUAUGGCCGACAAGCUGCUGAUGACGAUCGGAGUAGCUUGUCUGGCAGUGAACGGCUCCCUCCCUGUGUGGCUCGCUGUCAUCAUCCUGGGUCGUGAUGUUGGUCUUGCUCUCUCUGCAAUCUACUAUCGAUGGAUCUCUCUUCCACCACCGAAGACCAUGGCUCGUUAUUGGGACUUUUCUCUUCCUUCUGCCGAAGUGAAGCCGACCGAGAUUUCAAAAAUCAAUACAGCCCUGCAAUUGGUCCUUGUUGGAAGUGCUAUCGCUCUGCCCGUGGUGCCAGAGGCCGUGAUCAAUGCCUGGCACCUCAGUGAGACCAUGACUGGAUUCCAAUAUUUGGUUGCGGCCACCACCGUGUGGUCGGGUCUCAGCUACGUGUUCUCGAACAAUGCUGUCAAGAUUUUGACCAAGGAGGAAAUUCAAAAGCGCAUCGCACAAGCUGAAGCCAAGCGCAAGCCUUAG